AUGGGCAGCGACGGGUCUGGAGGAGUGACGGUGGCCUUGGCCUUGCUGGAGCCCUAUGUCUUCUCGGUCAGGCCUCAAAUGGGCUCCGAGUACAUGCCGCAGGAGUUUGCGUUCCUCACCGAUCGGCAGUCGCUCACAGUGGUGGUGGCACGGUCCGUCUUGGGCACGAUCAAGGAGGAGAAUGUGGUCUUCCUGCUGGAUGUAUCUGGCUCCAUGCAGGUGUACUUGGAAGACGUGAAGUCCGCUGUGAACCUGGCCUUGGUCCAACAGUUCCACCGGACCCGUCGGCGCUUCAACCUGGUGACCUUUACGGAGUACCAGAUCGAGUUCCGCUCUCAGCUGGUGCCGGCCACGCCGGAGAAUCUGGAGGAAGCCAUGCGCUUCUGCCAGCAUACGCAGGCCGGCGGUGGAAGCUACCUGGCGCCGGCUGUGCGAGAUGCCUUUUGGGCAGAACAAGACCGGCCCAAAGGCCUUCCGCUUUCAGGAUGCCGAAGCCAUCGUCGUGAUCACGGAUGGCAAGGCGGAGGUGUCCGAGGAGGUCCUGACGCAAGUCAAGGUCGGUUACUUGAAGCACCCCCUGCGUGCCAAGAUCCACACAGUGGGCAUCAACUGCGUACCUGGUAG